CUGCAGCGAUCUUCUAACAGCAGCGCUUGGUUGAAAUUGGAGUAGUAAUGCAUUUAUAACCUCGGUGAAUUAUGAUUAGAGCAAUAAGAACAAUUUGUUCACUAGCAAAUAAGUUAUUUUAAAAUCGGGAACAUAUCUUGAAUAAAUGUUUUUCUUAUUUAAAGUCAAAAGUAGCCUAUAGCCUAUGGACUUACAUUACCCUUUAGACAAACGCCCCUACGCCUUCCGUUGGCUUGAGCUACCAUACCGACGUCAUUGACUGUAUGCUACCGUGAAGAUGGCGGAGGCAACGGCGGCACCACAACACCGUUUUUUCUGUCACUGCUGUAAAGGUGAAAUCGACCCUAAACUCCCGGUGAGUUGGCUCAAGUGCCUUUCUUCCUUCCUUUCCCGUCCGGUUCUGGACCGACGUUUUUUUAAAUCAGUAGUAGGGCUAGGUAGCUACGCCUUCCGAAAUUCGUUAUAAGAAAAUAUACAAACAUUUUAAUCUGAAACUGAAUGUGACUGAUAGAAUAGAAUAUUGUCGUUAUUAGAAUAAGACGUUAUAAGUGUCAUUGCAUGGAGAGCGCGCCGUUAGAUUCGUUGUUGCGAAGAAAUCUGGUGAACCAAGUUUUCGAGUUUGCGUCUUUGCCAUAUUUAGAAGCACUACCGUGUCGCCAACUGCACGUGACAAACAUUAUUGCCCCAUUCAAGUGCUAGUGGGAACUAGGAAACACGUAAAACUAUCGACUUGGUACUGGUUGAACGCGGAACGUGUAGCCUACUACAACCAGUUAGCAAGUGGGAAAUAUCAGAGUUUCCUAGUUCCGACUAGCAUAUGAACGCGGCAUAUGCAUAAAAAGGGGAUGGGUGCUGUGGCAGGGUGUCCCUUGUCCGCACACCACCAGGCGCACCAGCGCGUUUGACGAGCAGCUUUUUUUUUUUACAUUGACAUUAACGCGCAUCUUGAAGUUAGGGGACUUGAUACUGCGGCAAGUGUGUUCCUUUGUAUUUUCAUGUUAUGUCAUCAUGAUUUGAAAUAUAAAUUUAUUUACUUUCCUCAAGGAAUUCACGUGCCCCAGGUGUGAGUCCGAUUUCAUUGAGGAGUUGACAGAAGACUCCAGGUAAGAUGUUUAAAUCUGUGCUGUUUGUUUGCAUGCUUUUCUGCUUAUAGUGGGCCUAUACUGGAAUUGCAAUAUCAUAGCUGGAGUAUUUUAGGUAUAGUAUUAUGUGCAGUUGCUGAUACAUCUGAUAUAAUAUACAUUAGAUAUAUUCAAUUAAAAUACAUGUUUCAAUUAAAAAAUAUUGUAUUUGCAUUUCUCUUAAUGUGUUAAUUUACAAUAAAUUAAAUAACUACGUUUAUGAUAUACAUUUUGUCUUUGUCCUUCAGUCUCUUGGAGAACAGCAGCACUGCAGAGGUCAAUGAUGAUGCAGGCACACUCUUUUCAGAGGUACCUGUAUGUCCUCCCAAGUUCUCUUUGUCUUUUUCUAUCCUUUUCCCAGUCUCAAACUUUAAUCUGAAUUUACUGGUCUGCUCUCCUUCCUCCAAGCUGUGGCAGCUGCUGUUUAUGGAACGCUCUGCCCUUCUCUCGGACCCCUCCGCCUCUGAGUCUGACCAGAGCCUUCUACAGGCUGCCACAGCCAGUGAUGCAGUGGAGGAAGAGCUGGAGGGCCCUUCUGUGGACCCUGUGGGAGGCACAGAGCCUUUGGAGCCGGAACCGGAACGCCCCUCUCGCCCGCCUAGCCAGGGGAGGCGACAGUCCCGUGCGCCAGCAGUGGAGGGGUUAGUGGAGAUGCCCAUCACUGAUCUUGAUCUGUCUACGGUGUAACGUUAUUAUCUUUAUCCACUCACUCUCUAUCAUGGUUUUGCCCCAUGCUACAAGUGCCAGGCAGGUAUAGCUGAUGGCUUUUAUUUCAGUUGGACCUAAAGCCACCUUAGUGGCAACGACCGCUGAUUUUGCACAGUAAUCUUCCUUUCCAUGCCAGUUUUUAGGAAGCUAUUCUCACUCUACUCAAGAGUCUGUAUUGAUAUUGAGUCCUUGUACUGUUGUAUAAAAACACGAUUACACGAAUGGUGUUAUAUAAUCAAAGUUGUCCAAAAUGUAAUCUUUCCCAUCAGUUUAUAAUUAUAAUAAUAUGCCAUUUAGCAGACACUUUUAUCCAAAGCGACUUACAGUCAUGUGUGCAUACAUUUUUACGUAUGGGUGGUCCCGGGGAUCGAACCCACUACCCUGGCGUUACAAGCGCCAUGCUCUACCAAUUGAGCUACAGAGGACCACAUAUUUAUCACAUAUUAACAGCAAUAUAAUGUAUUUCAAUCACUAUUAUACUAUUUGGUCCUAAAAGUUAUUACUACACUGUAAUUACUUCAGGGGUUCCCAAACUUAUUUGGCCCACGACCCCAUUUUGAUAUCAGAAAAUUCUCACGACCCCAAUCAUGUGAAAAAUAAGUAUGUAAUUAACAGCCAAUGUUUUUUAAUUUGGGGCUAUGGCAGUCAAUUGAAAAACAUUCGAACAGUAUUUCUGAUUGUCUUCUUAACUCACUGUCACAUACUUUUAAUGUGGGGCUAUGACAGUCAAUUGAAAAUUAGUCUGACAUAAUGUAUCUUAUCUCACCACCCUUAAUGAGAUGGGUGUGCUUGAUGCAUGUUGACAGUGCACACAUCAUCUCUGCAGUCACAUCCAACCUGGAUCGAUAUUUGGUUUUAAUGCAGACGAGAGUACUGAAUCCAGCUUCACAUAGAUAUGAGCUGGCGAAGGGUACCACAAGUUUUAUGAUGCUUUCAACAGAACUGGAAACUCUGAAAAAUACGAGGUCAAAUCAUGACGUCAGUGAUCUUCAGGUCGGAAAGAGGCCCGAGUUCCCGAGUUGGAUUACUGUUUAAAAUAAUUUUCUUUGUCGGAGCUCAUUUUUUUCCAGAGUUCCCAGUUGUCUUGAACGCUCGGAAGUCGGAGAUUUCCGAGUUCCCAAUUGUUUUGAACACGGCAUUAAUGCUCAGAGGGAGACGGCAGGGUAUUCCCUUUAAGUCUGGAACCAAAACUCCUCCAUAGUGACCCGUGAAGGCAUUCGGUCACAUGACAGCUCAAUUUCACUUACCGGCAUGUCAACUGAGCCAGGAUCACAGUCAAAUGGAUUGGGAAAUAGUUCCCAAAGUGCUCUUCCAAGCGUUGGAGGUGAGCAGUCAUCACUCGUGUGGGACACUUACUGAUGCUGUUUUCUGUUUAGAAACAUGCACAGUCGAGGGAAGGGGGCAUGGUUUCUUUUGAAAGACUCUCUCUCCAAUAAUAAUUAUUUCUUCUGAAUCCACUGAUUCAGUCACUCAUCUGUAGAAUGUUUUUGUAUUUCCCCUGCAUGCUUGCGUUCAGUUCGUUCAGCUUCCAAAAUAUGUCAGUUGCAUAGGCAAGGAGACACAUUUCCUUUUCAUUACACAGAAAGUCAAGUCUUUCCAACACUCCCCCUCGAUAACCAUCAAGCCUCGGUAUUGAAAUAGAAUAUUGUCAUCCUCUGAUCCCACAUCUCCACAUAGUUUUGCAAACAGGCAUGCACGCAGUGGAUGUGGUUUGAUGUAGUUUACAGUGGUGAUUUUAGCAUGUAAAUCUUGGUGGGGCAAACUUUAAAAAAAAUGUUUUAGAUGCAUGCCAGCAAAGCCACUACACAACACUAAACAAUACAUUCAUUGCACUAUAACGGUGACAAACGGUGCCCACAAACUGUUAGGGCCUACAGAAAGCUGUCCCAACAGCAGAGUCCCAACACUUUACCAUUGCUAUACCUGGCUAUCUAAAACAGGCUAUAGGCUAAAUGUGCACCACCAAGUCAGAACAGUAGGCUAAAUUAUGAGGGGGAAAGGGAGCAAAUUAUUAGGGUGAGGCACAUGGGCUACUAACAGCUUACUACACAACAUACAUUUAGUAUUACUUUCCAUAGCUACAGUAUACAUAUCUCCCUGGCAUAUUACAUCAUUUAUGCAGCAGCAUGCAAUACAUUUUUGGACUCACCUUGUUGUGCUGUGCUCACUUGAACAGGAAGGUGGCGCGGCGGUCCUUCGUGGCAAAUUCUGUCAUCAAAGUCUGGCAUUCUCUGAAUUCCGAGUUGGAUGACCGUUUAAAAUAAUCUUCUUUGCCAGAGUUCCCAGUUGUCUCACUGAACUCACUGAAGUCUGAGAUUUCCCAGUUCCAAGUUUCCAGUUGUUUUGAACGCGGCAGAAGUCAUGCUGGAUUGACAGCAUGGCCAAUGUUGAAUGUUUAUCCUUUUAAGCUUGGAAAAGAGACCCUUAAACGCAGACUUGGACCACACACCCACUCCACUGAAUAGCAGGCUAGUGAUUGCUUUGCAAUGCUUGCUGUUUGCCUCUGAUUCCUUCCAAACCACUCAUUGUUGAAUUUGCGAUUUCCAACUUGUUGUGUAAUGUUAAUGGCCGAUGAGCACUGAUACGUUUUAUCUAUAAUUUCUCUUCAUAUGACAAGGAUUGAAAAGGAUUUGCCAGUAGAUUGUUGAAUUGAUUCAUGAUGAUGACUGCUAGCUAAGAUUUUGAAAGUAUGAUGUUGACAUUAUCAUUCCAAUCAAAGCUACGUGAUUAUAACGUGAUUUGACGUCAUUUUGUCUGUGGCCAAUGUCCUUGAACCUUCUUGGAUGGGCACUUCUAAUGUAACUAUGGCAGCACCCAAGGGGCUUGAAUUUUCGAGCUCUACCCUUAGACUUGGCGGUGACGUAGUGUCCCCAUGAGUGACAGAACACUGAGCCCAUCACGGCGCAACUAGAGAACAUUACCAACACCUAUGCUCCGUAUUUUCCUGCUGGCUGCCCCACCACCACAGCAAGCACUGAGCUAGGCUGAAACACCUGCAUUUUGGAGAUGCCUUACUCAAGAAAGCAAAAAAGAGACCACGUUUGUAUGCGGCUUUAUUAACUCAAUUAUUAUUAUUAUUUUUUUACAUUGGUUGCAAACUGAUAUGUGACAUGUAUUAAUGCAAAAAUAACAUGCAAAACAGGCAACAAAAAAAUAAGAAUAAUAAUUUCGCUAAACAGGUGGCUCUGCCCUACCUGCCCUGAACGACGGGUUGCCACAGGUAGUUUACAAUCGAAGUUAGACCUACCUGCUGCAUUAUAUCUUCAAGAUCUGUGCUCAGCUCUUUUGCCGCCAGUUGCUCUCGGUGUAUCAUACAAUGCGUCCAUAUGUCAGAGGGAGACAUUUCAUAACUAGAGUGCAGAGGCCUGCCCGCCGUCCCGCCGUCUAUGCAAAAGCCCACCAUUUGAUCACAUGGAAUCUGUUUUUCACUGAACAUCCCCUGUGCCGUUUCAUGCUUGGGAAUUGUGAGACAUAACAGUAUGUCAUUGUGAAUAGCAUCCCCCGACAUGUAUAGCGAACAAAAGUCAAUGCAUGGGCAUCUCGGCCCUCACAGCUAACGUCCAUUUGGAGAGCAUAAGUUGGGGAGUUUUUGAGUCGUUCAGUCAGAUUCCUCUUGAUUGCUAGCAAUAGCAUACAGCUCUGGAAAAAAUUAAGAGACCACUGCAAAUGUUUUUUUGUUUUUUUCCCAGAGCUGUAUGUUCUCAGUGUUAUCUGCCAAAAGUAUUGAUGUGAGUUUCUGUGCUUCUGCCUCCCCACACAUUGUUUUCACCAUAUCAGUUGCAGUCGGUAAUAUAUAAAAUCUCUGCAAUAGUGUGUGGUUUCAUAGCUUAGCCGGCCUAGCCAUUGACCGUGGGAAGGAUUCAAGGGCUCCCGAGUGGCGCAGCGGUCUAAGGCACUGCAUCUCAGUGCUAGAGGCGUCACUACAGACCCUGGUUCGAUUCCAGGCUGUAUCACAAUCCAGCCGUGAUUGGGAGUCCCAUAGGGCAAUUGGCCAAGCGUCGUCCAGGUUUGGCCGGGGUAGGCUGUCAUUGUAAAUAAGAAUGUGUUCUUAACUGACUUGCCUAGUUAAAAAAAUAAAAAGUGCAACGGUAAAUUUCAAUAAUUUUCAUUUAGAUUUUUUAAGGUUAUCCACAUUACAAUGAUUUUGAGAUACAAAGACGAUAUACAUUUUUUUUUUUGUAUUUUUCUUUUUUCUCCAAGAUUCCCACAACCCCAUUUUCAUAUCAGGCGACCCCUAGUUUGGGAACCGCUGAAUUACAAAGUUCUGUUACAUGAUAUUACAUUGUUAUUAAACUCCAAUAGGUAUUCUCUGUCUAUAGUGCCUUCAGAAAGUAUUCAUACCCCUUGACUUAUUACACAUUUUGUUGUGUUACAGCCUGAAUUCAAAAUGGAUUAAAUAUAUGUUUUUUUCUCACCCAUCUACACACAAUACCCCAAAUGACAAAGUGAAAACAUGUUUUUAGAACAUUUUUCAAAUUUAUUGUAAAUGAAAUACAGAAAUAUCUAAUUUACAUAAGUAUUCACACCCCUGUCAAUACAUGUUAGAAUCACCUUUGGCGUCGAUUACAGCUGUGAGUAUUUCUGGGUAAGUCUCUAAGAGCUUUCCACACCUGGAUUGUACAAUAUUUGCACAUUAUUAUUAAAAAAAUUAUUCAAGCUCUGUCAAGUUGAUUGUUGAUCAUUGCUAGACAGCCAUUUUCAAUCUUGCCAUAGAUUUUCAUGCCGAUUUUAAGUCAAAACUGUAACUAGGCCACUCAGGAACGUUAAAUGUUGUCUUGUUAAGCAACUCCAGUGUAUAUUUGGCCUUGUGUUUAGGUUAUUGUCUUGCUAAAAGGUGAAUUUGUCUCCCAGUGUAUGCUGGAAAGCAGACUGAACCAGGUUUCCGUCUAGGAUUAUGCCUGUGCUUAGCUCUAUUUUGUUUAUUUUUAUCCUAAAAACUCCCUUGCCGAUGACAAGCAUACCCAUAACAUGAUGCAGCCACCACCAUGCUUGAAAAUAUGAAUAGUGGUACUCAGUGAUGUGUUGUUGGAUUUGUCCAGAGAUGAGGUAGUCGUUAAAAAAUCAUGUUAAACACUAUUAUUGCACACAGAAUGAGUCCAUGCAACUUAUUAUGUGACUUGUUAAGCACAUUUUUACUUCUGAACUUAUUUAGGCUUGCCAUAACAAAGGGGUUGGAUACUUAUUGAUUCAAGACAUUAAAGCUUUUCAUUUUUUAUUCAUUUCUAAACAUUUCUAAAAACAUAAUUCCCCUUUGACAUUAUGGGGUAUUGUGUGUAGGCCAGUGACACAAAAUCUAAAUGUAAUCAAUUUUAAAUGUUAAGGCUUUAACACAAAAUGUGGAAAAAGUGAAGGGGUGUGAAUACUUUCUGAAGGCACUGUGUGUGCAAAAAAGAUUGAAUUGCUUUACCUUUUUCUUUAGUAUUGUGCAACAGUUUUUGGCUGGUCUGUUUGCCAACAAUGGAAAUCCAGGCGUCGCACCAGCUGCACUGUAAAUAAGUAUUUUUUUAACCUCAUAAUUAUUGUUUUCAUUACUUUGCCUCUUUUAAGGCAUUCUAAACAUCUCUCGCUCUCUCUCUCUCUCUCUCUCACUCACUCACUCACUCACUCACUCUCAGGUCUGGCAUGCUCCAUUCAAAUCCAGGGGACUAUGCCUGGGGUCAGGGAGGUCUAGACGCAGUUAUCACAGAGGUCAGUGAUGUCACCAGGCGCAAAAUCUUAGAUUGUGACUCAGCGUGCUGCCAUGAUUAAAGCCAUCUCUGUUUUUUAAUUUCUCAAUUUCCUCCACUCCUCUAGUUGUUAGGUCAAUUUGAGAGCACAGGUCCACCUCCUGCAGAGAAGGAGAUGAUCUCAACCCUCCCCUCAGUCAGCGUCUCUCAAGAACAGACAGGUGGGUUCCAACCAAGCUGCAACAACAAACCCAUAGGCUAACACUCACAGCAUCUAUGGGAGUAGAGGGUGUGGAUCUUGCUCAGUAGUAGUGUGCAGUAUACCACCUGUCAAAUAGAUUCUCAAAAUGGUGACAAUAUUUUUGUUUCAUUCUGAAAAAUAAAAUGUGAUGGAUUACAUUUUUUCCCCCUAAGAUGUUCUUUACCCAGAUCAGGCACCUAUGUGGGCACUACUAGUCAAUGUUCUCUCUCUUUAUUCUAAAAUGUACACAAUUUAAUGAACCCCACCCCCCCCCCCUCCCCUCCCCUCCCCUCCCCCGUACCUCUUUCACAGACAGCAGACUGGGGUGUCCAGUAUGUAGGGAGGAGUACUCCGUGGGAGAGUCUGUCAAACAGCUGCCCUGCCUCCAUUAUUUCCACUGUGACUGUAUAGUGCCAUGGCUCGAACUGGUAAGCAGGGGGAGUGUUGGCUGGCGGUCAAUAGGGGUUACAACACCACUAUUUCAUUUGUCAAGGAAGGUUAGUUAGUGUGUAAUUGGGGUCACAUAUCCUGACUUGAGGUAGAGUAUUUGGUUAUAUUGCUCUGGAGGUAACCUUGUGCCACACACAGGGGCGGUUUGCUGGACACAGAUUAAGCCUAAUCCUGGACUAAAAAGCAAGAUCAAUAGAAAAUCUCCAUUGAAAGCACUUGUUAGUCCAGUACUAGGCUUAAUCUGGGUCUGGGAAACCGGCCAACAGUGCCCAGAAGUAUUGAGACUUAACGUGUAAUGUUAAGCAUGUUUUGUCACGUCUCACAUGUUUGUGUAUCUCUCCCACAGCAUGAUACCUGUCCUGUGUGUCGUAAAAGUCUUGACGGCGUCGACCAGACUAUCCAGCCCCCACCAGAACCCCCAGAGCCCCCCUCCAUCAGGACAGACCCUCAGGAGGAGAGACAGGCUAUUUGAGGUUUAGGUCUCCCUCUCUUCUACCCCUCUGGCAUAUCUUCUUCCCUUUUUUUCUCCUGAACGAGGCUCACCUCUAUCCUCAUGCCUCGUCAUCCUGACCACGCAUUUAUUGAAGAGACAGAUUUCAAUUAAACUGUGCCUCAUUGUCAAAAUUCUACUCUCUUCUAAAAUUCACCUGACAACGUUUUCACCCACAGAUCCCUAUACAUUUCUUAGAGUAGU